ACGUCAUCACAGCACGCCAACCCGUUUGGGUUUCUCUUGCAGAAGAUAAAAGAGACUGAAAAGUGCCUCUUUCUCCGACCUAUACGAGCGUUUUAUGUUUCUCUGUAGACUCCAUGCCCUUCGCCGUCUGAUGAACGGUUGUUAGCGUAUUUUACGGGGGGGAUAAAAGGGGCCAAAAUCAGAUUUAUUUCGAGUGCAAAGACUGGAUAAAACGCCACUGUACUUGCAACAACGGCCAUCUGUUUUCGGUGAAGUUUUAUCGACCAGGAUGCCCCAGCCCUCUUCUCCCAUCUGAAGACUGUAGGACAGUAGUCUGGAGAUGAAGCAGGAUCCAUUGACCAAAGGUGGUAACACCGCCACAUCCUGUCCAGGAAGGAUAGACUCUAUUGGGGUAAUGAUGCUAGCCAGCACCCCCUCCUCCACUUCCUCCCUCUCUUCCUCCAUCUCUUCUUCAUCCUCCCUGCAGGGAGAAAAGAGAAAGGGAGAUGAGGAGUUCAUUUGUCGAGAGGAGGAAGGGGAGGUGGUCAGCGUUGCUAUAGUGACCAUAGCGGAGGAGUCCUGCCCUUCCGAACCGUUUGGAACUGUCGCCCACGGGGAGGUAGCAGCCAAUGAGAGUGGGGUGAGGGAUGGAGACUGCCAAUCAAAAACUAACCAAAGUACCCAAACUGAAGAAGAGGAGAAGCAUGAGGGGGAGGAAGGAGGAGAGGAGGAGGAGGAGGAAGAAGAGAUGGCUGAAGAUGAGAGUGACCAUUCUGCCCUGUUGGAGGAGGAGGAGGAUGAUGAGGGAAGGAACCAGGUGUUUGUCUCGGAUGACAACUUGGGGUUGUCGGACAGUCUGACCCCUGGAAAACCAACACUCCUCAACAUCAAGAUGAAGAGGAAGUUGGACCAUGGACCAGACGUCAGGCCGUUCUCUUCAGGCAAGAAACACUGCAAAGGUUCCAGCUACCUCAGUCCCUGCAGUCUUGUUCCAUUCCAGACCACGCCCACUACCUUUGGAGACCUGCGAGCAGCCAAUGGGCAUUCAGCUCAGCGGAGACGUGUCACCUCAGGCCCGCCCCCCUCUGGCCUACAGGACUGGCUUCACACCUUCCAGGCGUGGAGUGGUCCUGAGCGCCUAUUGGCUCUGGAUGACUUGAUUGACAGCUGUGAGUCCAAUCAGGUGAAGCACAUGAUGCAGGUUAUUGAGCCUCAGUUCCAACGAGACUUCAUCUCCCUGCUGCCCAAAGAGUUGGCCCUGUAUGUCCUGACGUUCCUGGAGCCCAGAGAUCUGAUGCAUGCUGCUCAGACCUGUUCCUAUUGGAGGAUACUGGCUGAGGAUAACCUGCUGUGGAGAGAGAAGUGUAGGGAGGAGGGUAUAGAAGAGUCCCUGGUUGUUCAGAGGAGGAAGACUCUAAAACCUGGGUUCCUCCACUCCCCCUGGAAGAGUGCCUACGUACAACAACACCGGAUAGAGAGCAACUGGAGGACUGGGGAUAUCACCUCACCUAAGGUCCUGAAGGGUCACGAUGAUCAUGUGAUCACAUGUCUGCAGUUCUGUGGUGACCUCAUCGUCAGUGGAUCUGAUGACAACAGUCUGAAAGUCUGGUCUGCCCUGACCAGCAAGGUAAGGCUGAUAUCCACACUGCUACCCUGUUGGUAAGGCUGAUAUCCACAC